AUGUCGGCUUUCGGGCAAGGAUUCAACAGUCCUAUUCCCCGAGGACAGCAGCAGCCCCAGCUUCUCCCCAGCGACCCUCGACUGACCCCGAGUCACUGGACUCCCCCCAGACCUCGCGGGGGCCUGGAUUUCAGACCUCCUGGGGCUCAGGUCCCCCUGAGAACUGCACACCUGCAGUCAGCUGGCAGAGCUCAUGCUCUACCACCACCACCACCACAUGGUCUAUUUCUUGGAAAUCCGCAAUCUCGUUUCCCUCCUAUGGGUGCAAUGCCAUUCCCCCAACCACCAUUUUCACCUCGUCAACUGCCCCCCGGCAUUCCUUUUCCACUUCGACCCCCCAAUAUCGAACCCCCGGGGCCGUAUUUCCGACCGCCACUUCACCCCACCCCCCAACCUUCACUCGCGCCAGCCCCGUCUAUACUGGGACCUGGUGGCCUCUUUGGCCCCCGGUGGUCAAAUUUCCCCAAGCCCCCUCCUCCACCACCGGACCCCACAGAUGUGUUUCUUCAGGAGUGGUCGGCUGGAGUGACUGCUAGAUACAAGGAGAGCCAGGCUACAGUGCAGGAAGACAGACCCAUGAAGGCAAGCACACUCAGUCAUACAUUUUCCACAUGUAUUGGGCCUGCAGUUACGGGCAUAGUUGGUGAGCUAGCUCCUAUACCAGAGGUCAGAGGUCUCCUCAGCCAUGCCCUGUGUCUCCUGAGUUCUCUGGCUCAGUGUCGCAGAGAGCUGUCAGGGAUGAGGGAGAGAGGAGAGGAGUGGGUGGCCACCAUGACACAGGUCAACAACUGGCAGAGACAGUUGGUGGAGAUCAGAGAGCUGGUUGAUCGAGGAAACAAUGUACAGAGGCUGGGGAGAAAGCUAGCUGGCAUCAAAAAGAAAAGGGGUAGGGCGAAGGAGGGAGUGAGGAGGAGGAGGAGGGAGAGAGAGGAGGAGAGGGAGAGAAACGAGAGAGCUGCAGAGCUAUGGAUGCAGAAGAAGAGACAAGAAAAACUCAAGGAAGAAACGGAGAGAAGUGUCCACGCAGAUGCUAGUGGUGUACUGGGCGAGGUGAGACGUAAACAGAACGACGUCCUGCACUACAGCAAACUCCUGACUGCACUGAAGGAGCUGAGAGAUCUCAGAAGACUGACUCACAGGAAGACUGGUGAGCCACUAGUGAAAGAAGACGAAGUGUUUGCAGCAGAGUGCGAGGCUCUAUCGGGUAUCCUGGAGGAGAGAGCCGGACUAUACGAGGAGGAGGAGCAUGCUCUCAGAGUGAUGAUACAAGAAGAGGUCCAGGAGAGAAUGCUAGCAGAAUCGGCUGCUGCGACCGUUGAUGUUGGAGCUAAUAGAGAUGGCGGGGAGGGAGGGGAGGGAGGAGGGGGAGAAGGGGAUGCAUCGUCUGAGAGUCAAAUGUGUCCGUUUGGAAGGCAACUUCGCCUGUGUUACAACCAGUGUCCUCUGGAGUGUGGGGUCGUGUCGACGCCCGACACCUGCCCCUCCUGCUCGGCUGGCUGUUUCUGUACCUCUGGUCUCUACGAGUUUGGGGACGUCUGUCUGCCUCAAGAGAGAUGUCCUGACAUUGACUUUGGUAAAAUACCUCUCGUGGACAAGUGCAGUGGCUACAGUAACUGUAGUGAGUGUAUCUCCUCUGAUCCAGACUGCCAGUGGUGUCCCUACGAACCUGGAGAGACGUCAGUGAUACGCAGCAGAUGUAGACUGAGAAGUAAAAACCCACUGUGUCCAGUGGAAAUACAGGACCCACAACCCAACAUCACUGCAUUGGAAGAUGAGGAUUUUGGAGACACUGUCCAGAGAAGACCUCAGAAACUGAAGAUUCAACUGAGAAGAGGUCAGCCAAAGAACUUCACACUGCAGUUCCGUGCAGCGGAAAACUUUCCUCUCGAUGUCUACUUCCUACUGGACAUGACCGGUUCAUUCUCCCAGAGGUUUAGGACCACUGUCGCGCCUCUUGCUGCUGACCUGGUGGCUGCACUGUCAAACAUAUCACAGGAGUAUGCAGUGGCGUUUGGUGGCUUUGCAGACAAGCGAGCUAUACCAUACUCUCUUCCCAGCCAGGAUCCAAUGACCUACCAACAAAAGGAGUCUGCUACGAGUACAGAUACGUAUAUAUGCACCCACAGAACCAUCUCAAACCUGGCAGACUGCAAUCCCACCAUUAGCUUCAGACACACCACCAACUUCUCACAACUGGAGGGAGACCAACUCACUGAAGUUCUGGAGAACAUAUCAAUUCAUCUGAAUGUUGACGGUCUGGAGGGAGGGAUGGAUGGACUGGUACAAGUCCUCGCCUGCUCUGAGCAAGUAGGAUGGAGAGAGCAGAGUCUUCGUAUGUUGCUGUACAUGAGCAACGCUGGCUUUCACUUGGCAGGAGACGGAAAGGUUGGAGCAAUAUUGGAUCCUAACCCAGGGGAGUGUCUGCUGAGGACUGUGACUGAAGAUGGAAUGACUUUCAAUGAGUACUCGGACGACACACGCUACGACUAUCCGUCAGUCUACCAACUGGGAGAGCUGGCCAGAACCUCUGAAACCAACAUUGUCUUUGCUGUCACCAGCGAAGGUACCAAUCCUAACGCCCUCAGGGAUGUCUAUCAGGACCUGGCGGACGAGAUCACACCGUUUGGUCGCGUGGUUGCCUUGGAGGCCAACUCCUCUAAUCUCAUCUCUGCCAUCCAGGAGGCUUACAAUGAUAUCAGUCAGGAAGUGGUGCUGUCUCUACAACAGUUCUAUCCGGGUUUGAACUUCACAUUCACCCCUGGAGAAAACUGUAGCAGGGCUGAUGAGGGGAGGUGUACUAAUGUGACUAUUGGAAAUACUGUCUCCUACACUGUCACCGUCAACCUCACCAGCUGUGAGAAUGUUCCUGAUGAAGCGUUAAUAACUCUGAGCAAAUGCGGAGGUGUGGGCAACCUGCAGUGUGGACAGUGCCAAUGCCCUGAUGGAUGGUCGGGUGAAAUGUGUGAGUGUGAAGUCCCUGAAGGAGAAGACCCACCUACCUGUGCCACUGUGGAUGGAGAGCCAGAGUGUACAGGACCCAGCAACGGAUACUGUGACUGUGGUACCUGCAAAUGCUUUGUACAACAGGAGCUACUGAGAGAGAAGAAUUUCACGGAGCCCUAUUUCGGUGGCAACUGUGAGUGUGACUACGAGUCAUGUGGCGGGAACCUUACCAGUGACGGGAAACUGUGCUCAGGAAAUGGGGAGUGUGUUUGCUCUGAAAGACGGUGCCGCUGCUUCACCGAACCAACGACCCAGAUCACAUAUAGAGGAGAUAUUUGCGAGUGCGACCCCAGAAUAUGCUACAGCGAGGAACAUGAAGAUGUGUGUGUAUACACGGGGAGUCUGUCUAACCUCCCCAAUGCUGAUACCAGGGCCUCCUGUGACCCCUGCAAUGGCUGUCAGUGCAGGGCCGGAACCGUCCCCGGGCCCGAUGGAACCUGCGAUCCUCAACCCGACUUGUGUCUGGUGAACGAGGAGUGUGCUCGCUGUGCCAAAGGCCUUCAGUCAGAGGGCACUGACUGCACCAUGCCUCGAGGCCAAACAUGCAACUCCGAACUCUUCGAUGACGAUGAAAAAAAAUCUGAUGCUCCGUGUACAUUUGUUGAUGAUGAAAACUGUGUCCACACAUUCUACGUCCUGCCAUCUAAAAUCCUCGUUGAUGAAAUGAGAGCAUGUCCAGCCACUACUGAUGAAGGUAUUGGUAGCCAACUGGUGUGGAUCAUACCAGUCGCUGUCGUAGCUGCUCUACUACUACUGGGUGGUCUUAUCCUUCUCCUUGUGCUCCUCCUCAUCUGCAUCAAGGAUCGUCUGGAGUAUUCUCAGUUCAAGCAGGAUCUUGAAGACGCCAACUGGGAUCAGCAAGAGAACCCAAUGUACGUGUCGCCACACACGCAGUACAGCAAUGUGACAUACAGACCAAAGGCGGCCAAAACGGCUCAGAAAGAGUAGUGAGGUUCACGAGUCAGACUCUGUUCUUUAUAUAUAGGAGAUUCAAAAAUCAUCAACACUGACCUUUACCACCCUCUAUACACUCACACUCUAUAGUCUCUAAAUAAUCCUUUAGUCUAUGUUGUAUAUAGUUUAUACUGAACAUGUAUUGUGACAUUAAACUCAUGCUGACGUGUUGAGUUUUGUAUCACAUUCUGCACUUUUUCAUCCAUGGUCCAAGUGAUGUUUUUUUAAUUAAUAAUCAGAGUGGUUUCAUAGCCUGUGAUCCUGAUGAA